CUCUCUCUAUCGCUCUCUCUAUCCCCCCCUCCCCCUCAGGCCACCAAGCUCGGUUUCAUUCUUUUUCUGCUUCACUCAGAUCUGAAAGGCUGCAUUCACAGCAGAAGAGACGCAUGAGUUUGAUGAGGAUGGUUCUGGAGCCUGCACACUUUUGCUUAGUCAGAGGCACAGAAAGUUCCUGUCUCACAGUACACACUUCUACCUUUCCUGCCUAAAUGAGCAAGCUUUGGUGUAACUGAUGUGACAUGCAGAGAGACACGGACCAUGGUUCAGCUGUUCCCGUCUCAAGCCUCGGACACCAUGGCGCUCUCGGAGUCGAUGGAAGAAAGGGAUGCCGGGCUGGAUGGCAGCCCAAGCACUGACUCUCCUCACGCUUUCACAGCCCUACAGCUCGCCCUGAACCCCUCAGCCACCGUCUACCACGGGUACGAGAACUACAUCGAGGACGGCCUCAUCUGCCUCAGGCACAAGAUCCGCAACAUUGAGAAAAAGAAGCUCAAGCUGGAAGGCUACCAAAUGCGGCUAAAGAAUGGGGACACGCUGAAUCAAGACCAAAUGGAUGCGGUAGGGAGGUAUGAAGAAGUGAUUCACAACCUGAAGUUUGCCAGAGAGUUGCAGAAGACCCUUUGUGAUCUCACUCAGGAUCUGUUGAAGGCCCAGAGGAAGGCCAUGCGGCGCGAGCAGGUUCAGAGGGCAGAGACCGAACAGAGGCGUUUGAGUAUGAUGCUGCAGGUGCAGUAUGUCCUCUGCAGUCUCCAGAGGCAGGACAUCAGGAAAACCUUCAACACACGUGAACAUGCUCGCUACCUGUCUGCGCAGGAAAUGGAGAAGCUGCUGAACCUGGCUUCAUUAUUAGCUUGCAAGAGGGAUGCGAGCAUGAGUUUAGAGGAUCAGAUGGAACAGGCCUCUUUUGUUUACCUAGAUCUACUGGAUGGCAAAGACAAACCAGUUGCUGGCUCAACAUAUAAAUACCUCAAGGAGAAGCUGCUCAGGCUGGUGGACUCUGGAUUAUUCGAUCACAUCCCAGAGCCUGAAAAAGCUACAAAGAAGGACAAUGAUGACCAAAAACCUGAUGCUUCCUCCACAUCAAGCAGCCUACCUGCGGUGGUCAAUUUGAACUCUGAAGUGGCUUCAAGGCAGUUUUUAAACAGACGCUACGUAACGGAGAGAGACCUCCCCGGGCCCGGUCAGGGCGAGGAGGUGAACGUGCAGGCACCAAACUGGAAGGCAGAGUUUUUAGCCCUGAAGGAACAGGAACCACCAGACUCCUGGGAUAUAGAGUUUUCUGAUCCGCCAGCAUCCUCCAAAAUGGGGUUACAGAAGCCUUGGAAAGGAGCAGCAGGAUUCAUCCCCAAAACCACGGUCACUAUGAAGGCUGCUGUCGAGACAAAACAGAAACGGCAGAGGAAAAAUAAAGGAAGCCCGGCCUCCAAAUCUGAUGGUGAGGGUAAGAAGGCCGUACCUGUGGAGGUGUUUAACUCUCCGUCCUCUCUGGCUAAAGAUCCUGCCUUGCGCAGACAACAGCUGGAUCACCUGAUGGAUCAGAUCACAGGCUCCUUCAGCUUUAUUCAGGACUCUUUGUUGGAUGGAGAAGCCGUGCCCGGUAAUGGCCGAACCAGAGAGCUGCACCUGUCUCCUGGCUCCUCUCCUCUUGCUCAGAGGGACCAGAAGAAAAUCCCGGACAUCCUGCCUCCAUCUCAGAAUUCGACUCCUCUUCACGGCCACCAGGGUUCUGGAGACGCCCAAAGCACUCUGUCCAACGGUGAUCAGAUCACAAACACCUCUGACCUGAAGCUACACACUGAGGAUGGACCACAUGCAAAGCAAGAUAAGGGCUUCACCUCUCCACCUCUCUACUGCAGAGAGUCCUGCAUCUCUGUACCUCAUGACAACAAGAACUCUAAACAGGCAGGAAAGCAGCCACUUUCUAAUGGAGAAGUGCCCCCGACUGUUCUGGCACAGACCUUCAGCACUCCACCCAGCAGACGAUCUCUACCUGCAACCAGCACCGCGUCCUUCAACAGCCUGCACUCUGUGUUCAGUGGGGAGGUUCCUAUGACCAGGAGCUCAGAGCUGAAAACUGAUGAAAGUGGCUUUUUAGGAUCUGUGUGUCUGAGCUACAGUACAGCAAGCACACUGAGCCACUCCACUGCUAGCACACAGACCCCACCUGAGCUCAGCCUGCCGCAAGAUGACCUGCAGAUGGAGAGUGCAUACCUGUCAGAAAGUGAUAUCAGUGCUACCAGUCAGGUUUAUUCAUCUCCUGGUCCGAAUUCUGCCCCUCAGUCUAGUCUGGUCCAGCAUUAUUACCCCCGCAGUACACUCAGAGGUAUGACACACGGUGCAAGAGGACUCUCUCACUCCUCACUCCGCUCUUCUGGGGCUUCCAGAGGUGGCUAUGAGGUGCACAGAGUAAAUGUACGAGCUCCAGGAGGAGGCUUCAGUGCCCAGACCCACCGUGAGCCUGGCUCUGUUCUGUAUACCUCCCAGGAAAACGGGUAUCAGCAGAGUCAUAAACGUACUGGAGGGACAGCAGCUCGGAGGAACAGUUCAGUUGCAGGUUGGAGUGACUCCUCCCAAGUGAGCAGCCCGGACCGGGAGGGCACGUAUAUAAUAGACUCAGCUCAUGGUGACUCUCUCACAAUCACGGCCUCUGGGAUGCCCAUCACUGGCCCUCCUCCUCACACCCUGAUGCCUGUGUACCCACAACUUCGUGUGGCCUUUUCAGCUGCCCGUGCCACGAACUUGGCUCCAGGCACUCUGGACCAGCCCAUUGCCUUCGACCUUCUCCACAGCAACCUAGGUGGUGCGUUUGAUGCGCCCUCUGGCCACUUUGCCUGCCCGGCACCAGGCACAUAUGUCUUCUUUUUCCACAUCCUUAAGCUGGCCAUCAGUGUGCCACUUUACAUCAAUCUGAUGCGCAACGAUGAGGUAGUGGCUUCAGCAUACGCCAACGAUGGUGCCCCUGACCACGAGACGGCCAGCAACCAUGCCGUGCUGCCUCUGCGCAUUGGCGAUCACAUCUGGCUGCGUCUCCAUCGCGGCGCCAUCUACGGCAGUAGCUGGAAGUACAGCACCUUCUCAGGCUUCCUGCUCUACCCGGAUUGAGUUUUCUGUUAGCUCUCCUGUACAGGCACAUACACUGGGAUGCUGAUUUGUUGUGGAUCUGUUGGCUUGCCUACUAAAUCACACUCAUUGCACAUUUUUUUUUUUUUUCCCUCCCCAUCCCUACAUCGCACACAGUAGCAUUAAGUAGAUGUGGCAACAUUUGUCUGCUAAUUCCGAGGCAGUUUAAAUCGGUGGGGAUCUUCCAGCUUGCAGACACCCUUAGUUUAGAUGCUGGCUGUAUUUGGAGCCAUACAUGUGAAGCCAUGUCUGCUAAUUGUGCCUUUUCUUUCUGGUUACUGAGCACUUGAAUCGCUUGUAUGAAUGUAGAUUAUCUGAAUACUUGACACGUUGAGCACUUUAAAAGGCGGCACUGUGACGGUGUGGUGUGGAUGACUUGAAUGCUGAUUGCCAAUCAGUUAAACAAACCAAAUGAUCCCUCUUUGUGCCUGAAUAAAAGAUGAUGUGCAGAAUCA